AUGCAAAAGUGCCAAGUAAUAACACUUUUCCAGGUGGAGCAAGACAAAUUGGUGUGGAGAAACGAUCUCGAUCUUUUCUCGAAUGAGCUGUACACAUAUCGUGUACUUGCUGUAAAUGACGUCGGCACUGGGCAACCUUCGAAACAUCUGGAUGUCUAUUCACUUGACGAUGAGGCUGAAGAAGAAGGAGAUGAGAGGGAUACUGUCGUUGCUCCCACUCAAGAACUUGGUACUCCAAAUGCACCAUAUGUUGAAGUCGAUGGCGCCAAGGUGCAUCUGAGCUGGUCGGCCGUCCCCGCAGCCCAAUUCUACCUCACCGUCGCUGACGGAGAUGCCAAGAAGAAAGCCAAGAAGGUGGUGAAGAAGAAGAAGACCGAGGAUAUGAGCCUGGCGACCGAGAAGAAGGAGGCCGACUCCAAGACCGCCAAAAAGGAGGAGAAGGCCAAGAAGGAAGCUGAAGCUGAAGUUGAAGCCAAGCAAGCUAAGCAAGCCGAGGCCGAAGCUCAAGCUCGAGCUGCGGCUGAAGAUGCCGAAGCCGCCGACGCCGCCAAGGCCAAGAAGAAGGUGGUCAAGAAGAAGAAGAGCGAGGUUGGAAAGCCUGAAGCUCAAGCUCAGGCUCAAGUUGAGGCCAAGGAGGCUGAGGCUAAGCAAGCUGAAACCAAGCCAGCCAAACAAGAGGCUGACGUCGAGAAGUCCAAGGAGGUCAAGGCCAAGCAGGAAGCGGAGGCAAAGAAGCAGACCGAGGAGAAGAAGAAGGAGGAAGAGAAGGCUCAAUCUCAGGCUCAAGCGGAAGCGAAGAAGGAGGCCGAGAAGCAAGCCAAGGCUGAAGCUGAACAAGCGAAGAAGAAGGAGGAGGAAGCCAAGAAAACCGAAGCUAAGAAAGCUGAGGCCGAGAAGACCAAGAAGGAGGCUGAAGCCAAGAAAGCUGAGGAAGCUAAGAAAUCCGAAGCCAAGGCCAAGAAGGAGGCCGACGACGCCAAGAAGGUCGAGGAAGAGAAGAAGAAGGCUGAAGCUGAGCAGGCCAAGAAGAAGGAGGCCGAGGCCAAAAAAGAGGCGGAGAAGUCCAAGAAGGAGGCCGAAGCCAAAAAAGCCGAGGAAGCCAAACAAGCCGAAGCUGAACAAGCUGCGAAGAAGAAGGCCGAUAAGUCGAAGAAGAAGGACCAGCAUGAAGAUGAACAAUUGACGAAGCAGAAGGAGGCGUUGAAGCCUGUUGACAAGAAGAAGAGGGAUUCUCAGGAUGAAGCCGGAACCGCUUCGGAAGCUGGCACGGCUGAGUCGGUGACUUCAGAAGUUGAAUCGAAGCUGUCGGAAGAAGGAGAAGAAGCCAAGAAGCUGAAGAAGAAGACGAAGAAGGCCGAGUCGGAAGUGUCGCAGGCGGAAUCUGGAGAGAAGACGGAAGAUGAGGACAAGAAAAAGAAGAAGAAGGCCAAGAAGCUGGAUGCCAAGGUAUCCAAACGCUCGCUGAGCUUCGAAGACGGAGCCGAGGCCGAGCUGGUCGUUGAGGUGAAUGAGGAGGACGUUGAAGCCGAAUGGACCAGGGAUGGACAGAAGCUUGACGCGUCCUACACCACGACAAAUGAGAAGAACUACUGCCGUCUGAAGUUCCGGGCCAUCGCCACCACCGGAGGUACCUAUGUCUGCAAGGUGAAAUCGAAGGACGGCCACACGGCGACUGUUGAUUUUGAAGUGACCGUCAAUGAAAAGCCGAAGGUUACGGUAGAAGAGAGUGAGGUCGAAGUGAAUGCCGGAGAAUCCGUGCAACUCUAUGCAAAUAUCUCUGGCCACCCACCGCCAAUUUGCACCUGGACCAAGGAUGGAAAGGCCCUGAAAGCAGAUUCGAAGCAUUCCAUGAAGGAAAAGUGGGACGGCCUGGCCACGCUGACCACCAAGAACUGCCAAGCCGACUCGGCGGGCACGUACGUGCUGCUGGCGAAGAACAAGACCGGCGAGACGGUCGUCAAGAUCAAGCUGGCCGUUAAUGACAUCGAAUACCAAUUCCGCGUGUCGUACGCAAACGCCUCGGGCACCGGACCCGCCUCCGAGCCAUCGGACCCGGUGAAAUGUGAAGACCGGAAAGAAGAUAAGGAAAAGGCGGAGGAGACCAAGAAGGUCGAGGAGGAGGCGGCCGAGAAAUCGGCCGCCAAGCCCGACGAGGGUGCUGGAGUCGAAGCCAAGCCCGAGUUCACCACCAAGCCAGAAGACCUCGUGGUGGCAAAGGAGAAGGGCAAGGAAAUCUUCUCCGGCAAGCGCCAAUGGAUCGAGACGGCCCCCGGCACGUCAUCGCUGUCCAUCGGAGAAAUGCGGGAGGACGACGAGGGAGAGAUUAUGAUCAAACUGAAGAACGCCCUCGGGGAAGCUAGUCACAGCUUCAAGCUCUGCAUGGAUUCGCCGCCACAGAUAAACCGCGUCGACCGCUACGCGUCUGCGCAGCUGUUCGACAAGGGCGAAACCGUCAAGCUGCGCCUCUCCUUCACCGGUUGG